UAUGCAUCCGAUUAUAUAUUUAUAUAUUUUUUACGGAAUUUAUAAAUAAAAAUACCUGAUCGGCAGAGUCAGAAAAUGCGUAAUGAAAUAGUUCCAAAAGUAAAAAUGGGCGCGCAGUCCCCUGAAACGGUAACAAGUAAAACACCGGCGUGGCCGCUCUCAUCUCAGGUUUCUCUCUGCUUAAAGUCAGUCAUCGUAACCUAAAAAGAGAAAGAUUCGUCAGCGGCCACUACGAUUUCCUUCUCUUCCUUUUAAGUAUUUUUAAGCAGUUCACAAUAUUUUUCCGAUUGGAAUUUACUGUCUAUUUAUGUCUAUCUGUGAUAUUUUCAAUUAUCGAUUGCUAUGAAUCCUUUAACUAACGUCAAAAAUAUAAAGAAGCUCAACGAGCAAGAAUUACAAGCCAGGAACAAAACGUCUUGGCACGACCAGUAUAAGGAUAGCGCUUGGAUCUUUAUUGGUGGCCUGUCGUACGAUUUGACAGAAGGUGACAUUAUCGCCAUUUUUUCUCAAUACGGGGAAGUAGUUAAUAUAAAUUUAAUCAGAGAUAAAGAUACCGGGAAGCAGAAAGGCUACGGCUUCUUAUGUUACGAGGAUCAGAGGAGCACCAUAUUGGCAGUAGACAACUUCAAUGGCACAAAGAUACUGGGUAGAAUAAUAAGAGUGGACCAUGUUGCCAAUUAUAAAGCACCGAAAGAUUCGAAAAAUAUAGAUGAGGAAACGAGAAAUCUACGAAAAGAAGGUUGCGCUCCAAAAAAGAGCUGAAGGUGUACAGGCAAACUACAAAAUAUCAAUUAAAUCUUAGGCAUUGUUUCAAUGAUUGUAUUGUUACAAAUAGAUUUAUAUGUAGAUUUAAUGAAAUAUAUUACUGACUAUACAAAA